GCUCUCACUUGACACAUUUCUAGGGGGAAAAAAGUCGGUUUAAAAUGUAGAACAGAAAAGCGUGAAGCUAGCAACAAAGUAUUUGGAACUCCACGCCUUCUGCAGAAUCACUUUAUUUAACUGCGCAACAUAGAGCAGCGUUAAUGCUCUUAAAGUCAACAAGGAAACGACGUUAGCGUGAGGAAGCGACUGUCACUUUGUGUGUGUUCAAGUGUAACUUCUAAAAAAGUGCUCCCACUCACUGAUAGUACAAGACGUCAUGAAGGUGACGAACAGACUCAGUGGAGGCUCCUUCCCGAGGUGGACUCUGGUUCUUCAGCUGCUCCUGUGUGGGAGUGGAGUUUACACCACCGACAGCACCAAGAAUUGUAAACUGUACUCUGACUCUGAAUCAGAACGGAAAGUCCUCAAUCGGCUAGAGCCACUCGCACACAAAAACUUUACAUUGGAGAUCACCAAGGAAGCUGAGAGUUACACAUACGUGUUCCAGUUGUGUGGGGACGCAUGGGGUGUUCCAGGAGCCGGGGUAGUUCAGUUGGACAACAAAAAUAAGGACGGGAAACCAACGGUGAUCGGCUCAUACAAUGCAACACAAGCGUACGGAGGAAGUGACUGGGUGAUGUUAAUCUACAGAGAUGGUGAAACAUACGAUGGCCACUGCUCUAAGGAAAAGAGGAGAGCCAUGUUCAUGAUCUCUUGCAACAGAAACAUGGACGUGGGCCAAAUCGGGACGGUGCUGGAAGACAGGGAGAGGGAACAAGACUGUUUCUACCUUUUUGAGCUGGACUCCAAUGCAGUCUGUCCACCUCUGCAGUCCAAGCUCAGUCCUGGAUCCAUCAUACUCAUCAUUGGCCUCUGCAUUGUGGCUGUCUACCUCAUUGGAGGUUUCCUCUACCAGAGACUGAUUGUUGGCGCCAAAGGGAUGGAGCAAUUCCCCAAUUAUGCUUUUUGGGUGGAGCUUGGCAAUCUGACAGCGGAUGGCUGUGACUUUGUGUGCCGGUCAAGGAAUCGAGAGGAAGCUCCCGCAUACAGGGGCGUGGCCACAGAACCGUUAGAAGAAGAGCCAGAGGAGCGAGAUGACCACUUACUACCAAUGUGACCUAAAUAAGUCAGAAACGGGACCGAAAUGUACUCUGUGUGACGCAGCUUAUUCUUUCACAGGUUAGCUGAACUUAGACACAAGUCUUGUUUUUCUUGUGCUGGUUUAAGAUUAGGACCUGUUGAUACUAUGUGUGUGUUUUUCAGACUUGUGCCUAGAACUACUACUGUGUGAUCUGCUCGUCACUUCUUAGGGAAUGUUAUUGCGAGGCUGAAACGCCUGUCUCCUCCUCUUACCCCGUGCAUCUAAUUCAUUUGUUUGGUGUCAAACACAUGAGCGGUUAAUACAAGACUCCAAAGUGACAGUUCAGAGUGACUUUCGUUCCAUGAAUAUCUAGCAGAAAAUUAAGGAUUUAAGAGUUAGUCUUUUUCAUGAUUUCAACUUCAUAAAAUAUUGGUAAUGAUUGUUUUUGGAGCAGGAUGCAGCAAUGUGUUAAUCCUGGAGUACUGAUUGUGUGCACUGAUAGACGCAGUUUACAGAUCACAGUUUUUCUUUUUUUCAUUUUGCUUUAAUUAUUUCUUCUUGUUUUUUAUUUUUGAAAGUGAGAGAUUUUGGCACAGCGUAGUAAUUUCAAGUGCUUACAGACUUGCAAAAUAAGUUUAAAAAAAAAGACUGCACAGUGAGACUGCAGAGGUUAAUUGAAGUAAAACUUUAGUUGGGUGUUUGUGUUUCUCCCACAUUAUAGGAAAAGGCUUCUCCGAAUAACUGCUUAUGAAGGUUUGAUGAUAACAGCUGCCUGACUGUAAACCAAGCUUGAGAGUUGUAGCUUAACAUCCUGCUUUUUAUUGGAAAGGUCAAACAUGCUUUCACUUUUAUGUGGAACACGAUGAAUUCAGUGUCUGAGGCAAAGCAUCCAGCUAAAAUCUAUAACUGAUUCCUAUAAAUCCCUCAUAUCUGCCUUUAAAAACUUCUUUAUAGAGGCAAUCUGAAGGGAUUUAUAUGUAAAUUCCUGCUUUUCUUAUUUAUGAUAUGAAAAAGGUUUGGUAUGUAUUUAGUAACAGUACUUGUGUUUUCAUGGAAAAUAUGUUUAAAAUUCCAACCAACCUAAACCAUAUUCACUUCUAUGAACUACCAACAUCAAACUGUGAAGAGUAGAUCUACAUUAAUUUCACCAAAUCUUUAAAUUGACCAAAUAUUCAGGCCGCUUCAUGUCUGAUAAUCUACUUCUUUUUCAAGAUAGAGCAGCGAUGAAAGCACUUGUUUUUCUAUACACCUGCUGUAUAUUACGGUUGUAAAUGUUACAUCAUGAACUACCUUUAUAAUAUUUUAACCCUAACGCUAAGAAUUAAAGCUGUUUUUGUGAUUUCUUAUGGCAACAUGAUGUUACAAGUUUGUUUUGAAUCAAGUUACAACAUUACAGUCAACAUGAUCACUUCAGUUUGUUUUGCUUUAAAUGUUUCUACAUCUGUUGUUAUUGUGAGUUAAUUACAGCGGAUAUUACUUUUCUUUUUUUUUUGGUCACAAUCUCUAUGAAAAGCUGAUUUGGAGGUUGUAGUGAUUUACAUUACCUCUACAUUGUUUAAAAAAAAAACUGUUUAGUUUAAGAACAAUAAACAGCAACAAAACAA